AUGAAAAAUUCAAAAAUAACAACUCUCAACUCUCGACCCAAUUCUCAAAGUUUAUUUUUAGAAGCUUAUAUAAAUCCUGAUUUAUUUACUGAAAAUCCUAAUCUAAAAUAAAUUAUUUCUUCUGUUGUAGAAUAAACUUUGGAUAUAGUCUUAGCUAUCAAUAACAAUCAAGAGAAUUAACUGGGAACAUUUUAAUAAUUAAUUAUUGAAUAAUGA